UCCCGGGUCUCUUGAGGAGCCCAGGAAAGGAGGCUCCGCGGUGCCUAGUGCCGACGGGCCGGGGACUGCCGGGCCGGGGCUGUGGCGAUCGUUUGCGGGUCAUGUCGGCCGCCCAAGGCUGGGACAGGAACCGCCGGAGGGGUGGAGGCGCCGCGGGCGGCGGCGGCGGUGGCGGCGGAGGUAGCGGGGCCAGCGGGGGCGGCGGGGGCAACGGGGGUCGGGUCACUGGCCAGCUCAACCGCUUCGUGCAACUCUCCGGGCGGCCGCACCUGCCAGGUAAGAAGAAAAUACGAUGGGACCCAGUUAGGAGGCGCUUCAUUCAGUCCUGUCCCAUCAUAAGGAUCCCUAACAGGUUUUUGAGAGGCCACCGACCCCCGCCGGCGCGGAGCGGGCACCGCUGCGUGGCCGACAGCACCAACCUCUACGUGUUCGGAGGCUACAACCCCGACUACGACGAGUCGGGCGGGCCCGACAACGAGGACUACCCGCUCUUCCGGGAGCUCUGGCGCUACCAUUUCGCCACGGGAGUCUGGCACCAGAUGGGCACCGAUGGCUACAUGCCCCGGGAGCUGGCGUCCAUGUCACUCGUGCUGCAUGGAAACAACCUGUUAGUGUUCGGAGGCACUGGCAUCCCCUUUGGCGAGAGCAACGGCAACGAUGUCCAUGUCUGCAAUGUGAAGUAUAAGCGAUGGGCGCUGCUCAGCUGCCGGGGGAAGAAACCCAGCCGAAUAUACGGACAGGCCAUGGCGAUCAUCAAUGGCUCCCUUUAUGUCUUUGGGGGGACAACUGGCUAUAUUUACAGCACAGACCUGCACAAACUGGACCUCAACACCAGAGAGUGGACACAACUGAAGCCAAACAACCUGUCCUGUGAUCUCCCGGAAGAGAGGUACAGACAUGAAAUCGCACAUGAUGGGCAGAGGAUUUACAUCUUAGGAGGCGGUACUUCCUGGACAGCUUAUUCCUUAAACAAGAUCCACGCAUACAACCUUGAAACAAAUGCAUGGGAGGAAAUUGCAACAAAACCCCAUGAAAAAAUAGGUUUUCCUGCAGCCCGAAGAUGUCACAGUUGUGUUCAAAUAAAAAAUGACGUGUUCAUUUGCGGGGGCUACAAUGGAGAGGUGAUCCUGGGAGACAUCUGGAAGCUGAACCUGCAGACUUUCCAGUGGGUCAAGCUCCCGGCCACCAUGCCAGAGCCUGUCUACUUCCACUGUGCAGCGGUCACGCCUGCUGGGUGUAUGUAUAUUCACGGAGGAGUGGUCAACAUCCACGAGAAUAAACGGACUGGGUCACUGUUUAAGAUCUGGCUGGUGGUACCGAGCCUGCUGGAACUGGCCUGGGAGAAGCUGCUUGCGGCCUUCCCUAACCUAGCAAACCUCUCCCGAACACAGCUUCUGCACCUGGGACUCACACAGGGACUCAUCGAGCGCUUGAAAUGAAGAUUUCUGGACUGUUCAUUGAUACUGGAAAUGUUAAUUUAAAGAGACUCCUUUAUUUAUGGGCAGUGUAGAAUGUGCUACAAAGAGGAUUGGUUACCCUGAUCAAGGCCUUACUCAGAAAAUACAUCAGAUGCCUUUCUGUAAAUUGGUUUUAAGUUUAUGGAAAUCUCCUUUUCCCUUGUGCUUACUUUGCUUCUCUUCUUUUUGCCCACCUCCCGCCCCCAACACACACUCACACGCACACACUCACAUCCUUCCUCUGCCUUGAUGGAGUUGAGGGUGAAGUCUGAAAUCACCUUAAUAAUGUUCUGAAUCAGGAUAAGAUUUUUUUAAAAAUCAUUUUUUUUUUUUAAGGAACUCUGAACAUAGGACCAUGUCAGCCAAUCCUUGACUGUUCUAAGCAACAUCGUCAACAGAAUCAAAAAUGAAGUCAUUGGAAACCCAGAAAUUUGGGGGCUAGAACAAGAAGGCCAACCUUGAGAACCUUUCAGGUUCUCUGUAGCGCCUUGGUGAAUAAAGUUGUGUCUGCAGAAAGACAUGGCAGGAGGCUGGGUCUCCUGGCAGAAGUGGGUGACGCGUAUCUGGCCGCGUGGUGACACUCAAACCCAUGCUCUGGCAUCGGUGGAGAGUGAAGCAUCGAGCAACUCACGGUGCCCGCUAGGGUUAGAGUGGGCGUGUGGGUGGCGGAUGCCCACGUGUGCUGUGGUUGUGCUGUUUCUUGUUGCUCUUAGAAAUCAUUGUGCACCAAGGACCCUUCAGACAUUUCCAGUGGUUCCAGAUUUUCAUCCUGGGCAGUUUUGAAACGCGCUUCUGCGUCUCAGCGGUCUCAGUAUCUCUGAUUUCUUCACAGGGCACUGUCGGUCCCUGAACUAUGUAGCAUCGUGCCCGGGGACAGAGACCUUUGCUCGUGCAUGGCCGUUUGUCUCAGUCUUGUUUCUCUCCUUGGGCCGCGCACCCGCCCUCUUCUCAGGCUACUGGUCUUGUCCCUCGAGCGCCCACGGGCCUCGCUUCUGUUGGCCCGUUGCCUCCUCUCCUGCCUGCUUUCCCGCGCAUGGUGCUGCCACAGGGAAUCAGAUCAAGGGGCUGGGGGGGGGGGGGGGCACGGUCAUCCUUCCUGAAGGACUCAGUCUCAUUUCCAGACCUCGCAUGAGGGAGGAACGGGGCCGCCUGUCAUUGUGGUGUGACAUUUCAGCCCUGCUUCAGUUCGGUUCUGAAUUCUAAGAGAGGUGACGGACCUCUCCCCACCGCCCCUCCGCCCGGAGAGUGGGGACCCGUAUUUCCUUUAAGUGCCUGUUUUCACUUCGCUUUUGUUCUUUCCUGCCCCCACUACCCCUUUCAUCCCAGAAGGGGAUUUCGGAUCCUCCUUGCAACUAGAAAGUUAGCACCUAGCGUUCAGUCCUAGAAAAGAGAAACGGGGCCUUGAGGUUUUCAGAUGCCCAGUGGGCCUUUGUCCCCCACCCCAUCCGCAGGGGGCAACGGUGGGCAGCCUGCAUUCUGGAGAGACCCCGUGUGUCCUGGGGGCCUGAGGGCUGCGCUGCCCGGGCAGCCCCAGGACCAAGGCCCCGGCCCUCCCUUUGCCACAGCGAGUCUGCUCGGCCCUGCACCUCUGCCACCCCUCCGGGCGCAUGUCCUUAGUUCAAAAGAGAACUCGGCUGUGUGGCUCCAGAUCAUGGGGGGAGGUACGUCCGGGAUGGACCGGGUCCUGCUGUUCAGGGACGGGUAAGGCCUUCUGUCAUGGAGUCACACAGGGACCAAAGACGGAAUGCCCCGGCCUUCCUGCGUCUCCUUCCCUGGGCCGGAGGAGCUGCCAUGGUGCUGGGAGGGGCAGAUGGUGCUUUUUGCCCCCCACUUGCUCGCACCCUUUUUUUAAGCGCACUCCCAGGGCAGUCUUCUGUGAGGUCGACUCAGUCUUCUCAGCCUUCUCUGAGGUCGGCUGGGGCCGCCUGACCCCCAAGGCCUUGUGUGAGUUCUCACCCUAGCACGUGUUCUCGGUCUAAAGUGUGUCUGACGCGCGUGAGCGUGCGGACGGCUGCUCCUCGGAGUGCCCUCGUUUUGGAUGCCAAAUGAAACUCGGUGUGUGACGGGGCGGCGGGGCGACUAGAAUCUCCUGUGCCAGGUGGCCAGGCAUCUUAGCAGACCGUUAGUUAGCCAGCGCUCCGGACUCCUCACCCUCCCUUGACCGGGCAAGUUCAUACCCGCUGCUCUGUGCCUCCCAAGGCACUCCCAGCCGUGUCCCGCCGCCCCGUAACUGAAGUGCAAUAUAUAGAAACACGUAGGGAUAUAUACAGAUUAUAUGUAGGGUGUGACGAUAGAGCAGGGAGACGCCUUUUUAUCCGGCGUGGGGAAGGCGAUUAUAACCAGAUUUUACGCCACAGUCGGCUGCUGUAGCCCUCUCAGUGAACGGGGGUGUCUUCACACUCCUUCUCCCAGAGACUUGGUGUUCCUUGGGUUUGUCAGACUUGAGACUUUCCCCCCAGGCAUCUCUUGACUCUUUCCUGCUUGCUUCCUACAUUUUCUUGCUCAGCAAAAAAAGGGGAAGUUUACCUGUAAGGAGUUCCCGAAAUAGAUGAAGAAUUAAAAUCUAGUAUUUAAUGCUAUCAGUUCUCCCGUGUAUAUACUAAUUAAUUUAUCUUUGUGAAUGCAGUACUUUAUGAAAUGAAGACCACGAUGCUUUCUUCAUUUUGAUAGAGUAAUUUUCACAUCUUGGUUGUGGGGUGGGGGGUGGAAAAAAAAAAUCUAUGAAUCCGGGUAUAGAAUAGAUUGAAAUUUUAACUAUUGUUCAGGGGCCAAACUCAAAUCCUUUCUCCACUGGCAGAAUCUUUCUUUUUUUUUUUUUUUUUCAGGGUCCUAGGGACAUGAUGUAAACUUUUGCUGUAAACUCUUCAUGUCCAGUACACUCGCUAGACUUUCAAAUAUAAUCUUAAGUGCUAAGGUUUCUAAGCGAAGGUACCUGGCCAUGACCUUUGGUUACCGAGCGUAGCGAGAGUCAAGCACAGCGGGUUGAAAUCCGUAGUCCGUGUUUCAGCUUUUCCAGGCAGCGCUCGGUUCGUUCAUACUCCUCCUCGCCCCCCCUGCCCGAGAGCACCUUCCUUUCUGUGGAGCGAGGCCUGAUGGGGCCCUGGGCGUGGGAGUGGAAGAAGCAGCUGUCACUGGCCGCCCGGGGACUCCUGCUGUUGCAGCAGCUGGGGGCCGGCUGGGCUCCCGACUUCAGCGUGGGCUCUUGCCCGGGUUCCGGGCUGCGUCUCCUGCUCCCACUGCAGAGCUCUUCGCGUCCAGGGAGGGAAGGCGCCGGUCGGCAGGGGCCAAGGCGCUCCCCUCUUUCCAAGGCAGCUCUCUGGUGCUCGACACUCGCUGCUUACUUUCCCGUCCCUGCAGGCAGGAGCCUGGUCUGUUUCUCCUUUGGGAAUACCUUCUCCAGCCAUACGCCGCGGCGGCCGGUGGGAAGGGUCGGCCCCUCCUCUCCCACUGCGUUCUGCAGAGUCCGGUUGGUUUCUUCCCGUGUGGUCUUCGGGGCGGUCGGGGGUGAUGCCCAUCUCCGAGCCGUCCGCCCGCCCGCCAGCACUCUGAUGUAGCACAAAGCCAUUUUCCCUUCUUCGCUGUCCUGACAUGGAAUGCCAGGAGCGAUGAGGGUUUCUGGCCCUAGGAGCGUCGGCUCCCAACACUGGUCACCAUCAGCGUCCAUUUCCUUGGUUUCCCCAGUACCUCAGGACUCGUGGAGCACUGGGCGGAGUUGUGUGCUGACCUCCCUGUGCACGCACCCAUCCCCAAAGCCAGCCUCGGGGGUUCCCCUCCCAGCAUCCUUAGGAAGCAGCCUCUUCCCGGCCUGGUGUUAGAACAGAAAUUCCUGCGUCGUGCUUCAACAGUGGUGCCAUCUAGUGAGUCCAGUGUCCACGUUUUUAUUUUUCUCUCUCCCCGCCCUAGCACCCCCCCUUUAUAAUAGGACUUCCGGAGGGGCUCAGCUCUGUCCGCGUGCGGCUGUCCUGCUCCCCGGGGGCCGGGGGCCGCUCUAGAACACCCAGCCGGUCGCAGAACCACCCUGGCUACUUGCACUCGAGCCGCGGCCUCGCUCCGAGUCUGGGGGCAGCUCUAGCUCCAGGCGUCUCCCUCUCAAGGCCCCUGCGGGCACGGGUUUGACAGGGGCACCUAGGCCGGAAAGGGGGGCCCCCUGCACGCAGCCUCCACGGGGUGCGUCCUGGCGUGGCUCUUGAUCCGGGAUGUGCUUGGCCCGCACGAUGCUUGCCUGGCGCUCAGCUCUUCGCCACAGUCCUGUGCAGUAGUGUGGGAGUCCUUUUGCAGUCUGGUGUGCAUGCCAUAUGGUCGGGACAGCUUCCCACCUCCCCCGGGUUCCUGCCAGCAGGUAGGAGACAUAGUGAAUUUACCCAAAAAGUCCAAUCUGUAUUUAUGUACCUUGUCAGUGUUUUGCUGUUGGUUUUCUAAAACAGUCCGAUCAAUAAAUCUUAUCCAGAUCUA